AUGGGUCCGGCUUUAUUACUUUCUGAAGUAAUUAAGUUUCUCAUAGACAAUAAGAUACACCAAGAAGUAAAAGAAGCAUUGACAAAAUAUAACAUUAAUGACAAUGGUGACUAUAAAGAAUUGCAACAGUGUGUAAGGGAAAUAAAACUGAACACUAGCGAACAAGAAACAAACAAUCUUACCUCUACUGUAUCAUUAUCAUCCACAAGCACACAAACUGUGAAUAUUUCCGACCCAAAGAGUCUAACAUAUCUAAUCCAGGGCCUUAUUUCUCUCGGCCUGAGACACUUUUUUCUUGACGAGGAUGCAUUAUUUGUUGGAGGCAAAACGGAAGGUGUAUGCAGAAUUAGCAGUGCGGACCCACGAUUGUCAAGUGUAUCGCUAUAUUGUGAGUAUGAACUCGGGACAGCUUAUUAUCACCAACUUGGUUUACAUCAAUUUGUUGGAUAUCCCAUAGUUUUAAAGAGUCCGUUUAAUUUAUGUGGAACAAAGAUUGUUACAGGACUUGAUAAGAGCAAGACAAAGUUUAUUGACAAUGAUAACUAUGUUAUUGAGUUUGAUGAAUUACACUCUGAUCCUUCUAUAGGAACAGCAGCAGGACAAACAUCAGCAGCUUCGCAGAUAAAAACAGUCAUGACACAGACAAAGUCUUACGUUGAGGACAAAGAAACGCUAACAUACAUAUGCUUUUUUUUGCUGGGAUGA